AUGGUUAAUGUACUAGCAAACAUUGCUUCCAUUCUCAUAAUAGUAGAACUUGUCAUUGGAAAUUUUGCCAAUGUCUUCAUAGCCCUGGUGAACUGCAUUGACUUGAUCAACAGACAAAGGAUCUCCUCAGCUGAUGGAAUUCUCUCYGCUCUGGCUGUCUCCAGAAUUGGUUUGUUAUGGGUAAUAUCAAUAAAUUGGUAUUUUACUGUGCUCAAUCCAGAUAUAUACAGAAAACAAACAGAAAUUAUUAUAUGUAUUGCCUGGGAAGUAACCAACCAUUUUAGCACCUGGCUUGCUACCAGCCUCAGCAUAUUUUAUUUGCUCAAGAUAGCCAAUUUCUCCAACUUUAUUUUUCUUUACCUAAAGAAGAAAGAGAGGCGUGUCAUUCUUGUGAUAAUGUUGGGGACUUUCAUGCUUUUGUUUUCUCAUCUUGUGAUAGCAGGCAUUUUGGAGACAAUGCAGAUGAACGAAAAUAUAGGGAAUGUGACUCAGAAUACUAAACUGAAGGACAUCACAACCUUUUUAAAUAUGACUGCAUUAACUCUACUGAACUCCAUGCCCUUUUUCAUAUCCCUCAUCUGUGUUCUGCUGUUAAUCUACUCCCUGUGUAAACAUCUCAGGAGGAUGCGGCUCCACGGCAAAGGAUCCCAAGACCCGAGCACCAAGGUCCUCCUGAAGGCCCUACAAACGGUGAUCUCCUUUCUCUUGUUACUUGCUGUGUACUUUGUGUCCUUCACUAUAUCAGGUUGGAAUUCUAAGAAUCCUGUCACUCUACUGUGCCAGGCUGCUGGCCUGCUCUAUCCUUCAAGCCAUUCAUUUGUCCUGAUUUGGGGAAACAGGAAGCUGAAAGAGGCCUUUCUGUCAGUUUUGUGGCAGGCAAGAUGGUGUCUGAAAGAACGGAAACCACCAAGUCCACAGAUCAAUAACAAUGACACCAUGUGA